ACGAAUUACUUUAAUCAACAAUGGCGGCGAUGUUGAAGGACAAAGGGCAGCUACAGUUUGAAGAUCGCUGGCCUAAAAUGCGGCCAACUAUACUAAAAUUGUUACGCCAAGAACAUGUGAGUCGUAACGAAUGGCAAGAUCUAUUCUGGUCCGUGCACUCUGUAUGUUUGUGGGAUGACAAAGGUCCACCUAAGGUGUAUGGUGCUCUUCAGGAAGACAUACUGGACUUCAUCAGGCAAGCACAAUCUAGAGUACUUGCACACCAAGAAGACCAAGCCUUACUAAAAGCCUAUAUAGCUGAGUGGAGGAAGUUUUUUACCCAGUGUAAUUACCUACCCAUGCCAUUUGGACAGCUGGAGGCUACUCUGUCUGGAAAGUCUGCUUCAGUUAACAAAAAAAAUCCUAGUGAAGACAGUAUAGUGAGGAAAUUAAUGUUAGAUAGCUGGAACCAGAGUAUAUUCUCAAACAUCAAGCACAGACUUCAGAACAGUGCAAUGAAACUAGUUCACGCUGAACGUAAUGGAGAGGCCUUUGAUUCCCACUUAGUAAUAGGUGUUCGAGAAUCAUAUGUUAAUCUGUGCUCCAAUCCAGAUGAUAAACUUCAAAUAUAUAGAGAAAAUUUUGAAAAAGCAUAUAUUGAAGCAACAGAAGCCUUUUAUCGAUCCAAAGCACCUCAGUACUUAGAAUCGAAUGGUGUACAGAAUUACAUGUGGUAUGCUGACCAAAAAUUAAAGGAGGAGGAACAAAGAGCAACAAAGUACCUUGAAUCAUAUUCUGGAUCAGUUCAGGCAUUAACAGAGUGCUGUGUGAAUGUCCUUGUUACUGCUUUUAAAGAAACCAUCCUAGCUGAGUGCCAGAGUAUGAUAAAAAACAAUGAAACAGAAAAACUACAACUCAUGUUCAAGCUAUUGGAUAGGGUUCCAAAUGGAAUCACUCCGAUGUUGCAAGACUUAGAACAACACAUUAUUGACCGAGGUCUUGCGGACAUGAUGGCUUCAGCGGAUAUUGUAACUCAGGAUUCAGAAAAAUAUGUGGAACAGUUACUAGAUCUUUUCACAAGAUUUAGCUCACUAGUCAAAGAAGCUUUUAAUGAUGACCCAAGGUUUCUUACUGCUAGGGACAAGGCUUUUAAGCAAGUAGUAAAUGACACCUCAGUAUUUCGAUUAGAGCUGCCAUCGAAGCAAAAAGGUGUGGGUAAUAAGACGCAGCCUGAAUCCCGUUGUCCAGAACUGUUAGCCAAUUACUGUGAUAUGUUACUCAGGAAGACUCCUCUUAGUAGAAAACUAACGUCAGAUGAAAUUGAAGCUAAAUUAAAGGAGGUGCUCUUGGUUCUAAAGUAUGUCCAAAACAAGGAUGUGUUCAUGAGGUACCAUAAAGCUCACCUGACUCGUCGACUAGUUUUAGACUCGUCAGCCGAUAAUGAAAAGGAAGAGAACAUGGUGGAGUGGUUGAGAGAUGUUGGAAUGCCUGCUGACUAUGUCAACAAGCUUGCCAGAAUGUUUCAAGAUGUAAAAGUUAGUGAGGAUUUAAAUCAGCAGUUUAAAGACACACAUCGAAAUAGUAAAGGAAGUCUUGCAGAUUCUAUAAACAUUAAAAUCCUGAAUGCCGGGGCAUGGGCCAGGGGGAGUGAGAGAGUCCAAGUUUCUUUACCUCUAGAAUUAGAAGAUUUCAUCCCUGAAGUGGAAGAUUUUUAUCGUAGAAAACACAGUGGUAGAAAACUUCAAUGGUACCAUCAUAUGUCUAAUGGAACAAUCACAUUUAGUAACCAAGUAGGAAAGUUUGAUUUAGAUGUGACAACCUUCCAAAUGGCAGUUUUGUUUGCCUGGAAUCAAAGACAGCAUGACAGAAUCUCUUUUGAAAAUUUACGACUAGCUACUGAACUUCCAGAGGCUGAGCUGAGGAGGACACUUUGGUCUCUCGUAGCAUUUCCUAAGUUAAAGCGGCAAGUAUUACUUAGCGAACCUGAGGCAAAAUCUCCAAAGGACUUCAUAGACAGUACUGUGUUCUGGGUUAAUCAAGAAUUUGCUGUAAUUAAAAAUGGUAAAGUUCAGAGGAGAGGCAAGGUUAAUCUAAUAGGCCGGUUGCAGUUGUCUACAGAAAAGAGUAAAGAAGAAGACAAUGACAGUAUAGUUCAGCUUAGGAUAUUAAGAACACAGGAAGCAAUAGUGAAAAUAAUGAAAAUGAGGAAGAAGAUUACCAAUGCACAAUUACAGACUGAGCUUGUUGAGAUUCUGAAAAACAUGUUCCUACCUUCUAAAAAAAUGAUUAAAGAGCAGAUUGAAUGGCUUAUUGAUCACAAGUACAUGAGAAGGGAUGAAGAAAAUAUCAAUGUUUUCAUUUACAUGGCCUAAACUUAGUUAACUGGAAAAAGAGCAGAUUUAUGUUAUAGUGAAGUGCAGCAAAGGUCUAAUCUGGAAGAAAUUCCUUCUUUGGAUGGAAAAGUUACAGUUUCUGCUUAGAAAUUUAAUAUUAUUUAUACAUUGGGCUGUAAAUCCAAAGAAUCUGGCAUGUAAGAAUACAGCGGAAACCUGCAUAUCUGAAACAAUGAUAUCCACAAAGGGGAAAAAAAAAAAUUGUAGAAGAAACCAUUGGUUGCUGCAAAUAAAGAAACAAAACUGAAAUCUAG